AAAGAUAAAUGGUAGAUGGCAUGGUCUACUACAGAGGGAUGAGGAGGGAUAUCGUCGACGUGCCGGUAGAGAUUUCCUACACUACACCAGUGCUGAUAGUCCUCUACACUUUUGGAAUGAGCUUCUCAAUGACAAGACCAUGGAUCACGGGAUCGUGGCUUUAGUCCGACUAGCGACCUAUCAAUACGCCAUAGAGAAUGAGGACAUGGAAGUUGGUGGUAUGCCACUGUCAGAGGCGGCUCUAGCUAGCAGUGACGCCAAAACCUUCAACGAGUGGUUGGAUAGGAAUGUAAGGACUGAUGAGCAGGAGGCUGGCUCCUUGGCUAUGAUGCUAGCCGCUUCGGCCCUCAACGUCAGAUUCCUAGCAGUCAAACUAGACCGCGAUAUGAAGACGCCUUUACAAAGACUCGAAUUCUUACCCGUUGGCCGUUCCGCUCCAAAGGGACCGGAUGAGCGUUGGGACGCUAUACUUUUAUCCAAACCAGGGCAUUAUGACGUUCUGUAUGAGUCACCUGUAGGAGAGGAGCUGUUCUCUCUACAGAACGAAAACAACGUUAUAGAGAACUGCUCUUAUUGGCGUUGUAAGCCUAAAUGCCCGAUAUGUAGAUGUGAUAUUGAAACGUAUGAAGACGUAUUAUGCGGUGUAUCACCAGACUGUGCUGAAUUGUUCCAUCGAUGCUGUUUCAAGUCCAUGGUGGAUCAUGAUAGCCAAGAACAGUCUGGAGGAAGUUCGUCUCAUGUUGUUGUGAGAUGUCCGGUUUGCCGCAUCGAAUUUACUGAAGCCGAAGUCGAGGAUGCAAUAUCUGGCUCAAGAAAGA